AUGCCUACGCCGCUCUCAAGGCUUUCUAUUCUAACACCGAGAUCAAAGAUUGGACGUACAAUAAUAGAACAUCAUCGGUUGAAGUUAAAGCAAAAAGAUAGGAGAAAAAUUCUAGACCGUAUAAAAAAAGACCUUGAAGAAGUAGAAGUAGAUUAUAACAAAACUAGAGAUAGUUUCAUUGAGAAGAUUAGAAUUAACCACAAUGCAGAUGUCUCAGAUUCCGAAAUCAUAGCAUUCCGAGAUUGUUUGAAACAGCAUAAACGAGGUUUUGCAACUUCAUCUAAAGAUCUCACAAAUAACUUUAAGCAAUUGUUAACUGCUUAG